AUCUCAGAAGAAAAAAACAAUCGACGAUCUAGCGACUAGCAGGAACUAGACUGGAACGUCUGGAACACUGGACACCGUGUGGCGGUUGGUGGGUUGAGGUUGAAGUAUCAAACCCGUGCAGCGGAGAGACACAGUCCUCCAUAGCAGCAAUGCUGCGCCGCUGCUUGACUCUGUCUCGCCUUGUUGUUACUGCUGCUGCUGUUGCUGCUGCUGCUGCUGCUGCUGCCGGCUCCACGUCGCCCCACUGUUUAUCAUUUCUCUUGUCGCAUCAGUGCCGCCCGCAGCCUGCGCUGCGUUGAGGAUACAGGUCCGUGUCUGCCGGGAGGAUUCGCCAGGUGCCAGAGAUGUUCUACCAACGCCGUUCGUAAGAGGAUUGUGCGGUCCUGGGAUACAGAGUGGUUGUCAAGGGAAAAACAUCUUCAAGAAUUGUUUUCGUCUCGCUUGAUGUAGCACGUGAGCUUUGACUGUGUGCUCAAUUAUUUUUCUAAAGUAACAUAUCGUUUUUAGUAAAGUGAGUAGAUUUCGUCGAUGUGUCUGAUUUAACUUUCCCUUGUCACCUUUUUGCACUUCGUCUGCCAAUUUUUCUAAAUAUUUAAAAAUAAUUAAAUGACGAGCGAGAGUAGAACGACGAUAAAGUGUUAUAGAUAUAUAGCGUCAACAAAAAUAAGGAAUGAAGAGGUUUUCUUUUGAAAUUUAAUGCAGCUAGAGGAUGUUUAAAAAACAGAUAAAUAAAACGUAUGUUAAAUGAAUUCCUGCAAUUUUCUUGCUGGCUCUGCAAAGUAGAAAGUAUCUUGUGUGAACGACUGCGCAAUAUUGCCUACUUCACUGGAGAAUCAACGACUGGUCAGUCUGCCAUGAUCCUUGAUGUGUACAAACUUACAUUUGCUAGCUGAUUAUCAACGUUCAUUGUUCACUAUAGAUGUUCUUAUAUCUUUACAACUCUGCUGUGUGCUGGACAAGUUCUAGAAAGAAGUUGCUUUGUUCAGACGACAGCAACAGGCGUCAGAUAGCGUGUUCACUGGACUUGCUACUUCAAGAAGAGGAAGACAAGCAAGGCUAACAAAAACGGAAAGAGGUUCAGAUAUCCGACGUGGGUGACCAUCAUGGCAACGACCAACGCAGUUCCCAGUGGGUCUGUUAACCCUCCUCAGGAGAACAUGGACAAGGUGAACACGCACGUGCACAUGGUCGUGCCGGAGGAGGACCUUGGGCGCCUGGGCAACCUGAAAAGAUGCGCUCGGAAGUGCAUGGACAGAUCCAAGGAAAACCUGCUGCUCAUCCUCCUCCUCGCCUCCGUCAUCGCCGGCACGGCCAUCGGCUUCAUCGCCCGCAGCGCCAAGUCGUCGUUCACGAAAAGGGAGAUAAUGUACUUGCAGUUUCCGGGAGAGAUGUUAAUGCGAAUGCUCAAGAUGCUGAUCCUGCCUAUCAUCAUCUCCAGUCUCAUCGCCGGCAUCGCCAGCCUGGACGCUAAGACGUGUGGCAAGAUGGGGCUCCGCACCAUUGGAUAUUUCGCCACCACCACCCUGCUGGCCGUCAUCCUUGGCAUCGUGCUCGCUGUCACCAUACAGCCCGGGGGUGGGGCGGACAGGACCAAGCUCAAGAGGUAUGGGGCGGCCACGAAACUCAACUCUGCGGACACCUUCCUCGACCUCAUCCGGAACAUGUUUCCUGACAACCUUAUUGUGGCCUGCUACGACGCUUACAGUUCGACCGAGGUUCGGGAGGAAAUCAGGCGUGACGAGGUGGAGAUAGCGGUCAACGCCACCAAUGUAACAUCCGAGUUUCUGAGUAUGACCACCAUGGCCACAAAUUUGACAGAAAACGUGACAGCAGCUCAAGUUCUGUAUCAGUGGGUGCCGAAGAAGGGGAGCACUGGGCAACCUAAUGUCCUGGGAAUCGUCAUGUUCGCCAUGUUGUUUGGUGUCAUGUUGGGCCGCAUGGGGGAGCGAGGUCGCCCUAUUCUCGACUUCUGUCAGUGUGUCGUGGAGGUGACGAUGAAGCUUUUCCAGGUGUUCCUCUGGUACUCACCAAUAGGUGUCGCCUUUCUUAUCGCCGGAAAAAUCGUGGAGAUGGAAGACUUCAGUGUCUUGCUGGGGCAGGUCGGCUUCUACUUCAUCACCGUCCUUGUCGGUCUUUUCAUCCACGGGUCCCUCGUCUUGCCGGGAAUCUACUUCCUCGCCGUCAGGAAAAAUCCCUACAAAUUCAUAGCGGGCAUUUCACAGGCCCUGGCAACAGCGUUCGGGACAUCGUCAAGUUCAGCCACAAUGCCCGUGACUUUGAAAUGUCUGGAGCACAACAACAAGGUGGACCCCCGUGUCAGCAGUUUCGUCAUACCUGUGGGCGCCACCAUCAACAUGGACGGCACAGCUCUGUACGAGGCAGUGGCGGCGCUCUUCAUUGCCCAGGUGAACAGCGCUGACAUGGACAUGGGGAAGAUCGUCACCAUCAGCAUCACAGCCACUGCAGCAUCCGUGGGAGCCGCCGGAGUGCCGCAAGCUGGGCUUGUAACCAUGGUGAUUGUGCUGGCUGCUGUGGGAUUGCCCAUUGAUGAUGUCACGCUCAUCAUCGUUGUGGAUUGGUUCUUGGAUCGCUUCCGCACCAUGACAAACGUGAUGGGAGACAGUCUGGGUGCCGGCAUUGUCUACCACCUCUCCAAGGACGAGCUGGCUCCGCUUGACCACGAGAUGUACGAAACGGAGGCAACCAAAGUCCCCAAUGGCCAAGAAGGCAACGCCAUCACGGCUGUAUAAGUCGCCUCCGGCCAGCCACAUCUCCCCCGACACGCGUAUCCCACUCCCUUCUGAGAGUCUAGAACACGAAGACUACCAUUGCCGGAGCAGGUGGGAAAGAAGUUUGAAGAGCGUUUUUAUUUACGUUGGAUUUCACAAGGAGCAUUGCUCAGCCUGCGGUCGUUUAAACGUGUUUCGCAGGGGAAAAUGAACUGAGGUGACUUAGUUUUAUUUUUGAUCUUGGUCUGGGCUGUUAGGCGCAGAAAUGACCGUCGGGAAACUGUUUAAGAAGAGCUUACAGAUUAGAAUGGGGAUCGACGGUUUUCUUGUCCCGGCGUAUCGUUCGAAAAAGACUAAUCUGGUACCGUUUGCACUAUGGGAACUUUUUUUUUUCAAGAAUCUGUUUUUAGUAUAAGUGAGCGUUCUGGCUUACCGCUCCAUUUGUUGUACGGAAUAGGUGCUUCAUUGCACAGAAAACCGUUAGAAGAUACAAGAAUUGUAGAACCGACAGUUAAUUUGUUUGCGAAGAAAGGAAAUAUAAAGGGAGACAAAUUGACAUACAUGCAUGUUAAAAGAUCCGUUACUCUAAGAAUGUAAACUAAUGUUCAAUUAAAGUAGAAUUUAAAACAAAAAUGAACGAACACUUUUAAAGUACAGGUACACACGGGCUAUGGAAGAGCAAGAGGAAAUGUCCAAACAAGAACAUGUACCGCCAGUCAUGUAUAGCUUUACUUAUGCUCUUACCAUCGAGAGUUGAAUGGGUAAUAGCCAGAUAGCAAUUAAACUGAGUUAUUUGCGCUUUAAUUGGUCAGUAUUAAAUUACAUAGUCAGUGUAGACUUCCUUUAUAUCUUACACGUCGAGCAUAACUGUCUGCCUAAAAUAAAAACUCAUAUAAAUACUCAGUUAAAGCAGGUUGCACAUUUUACAUCGUUCGCACGAAAUAUAAUAGAUUUUUACUGCAAUAAACAAAAAAGAGUUUGUGAAAAACAUUUUAAAAUUCAAUGUUACAAAAGAUUUGUGUUCUUUACCAGCCUAUUAUAACUUUUAAAGAAACUUUGAGUGAUAAUAAUAAUAAAAAUCAUGAUAGCCGAUACUCCAGAAACUAAGUAGAAACAUCAUCAUAAUAAAUGUGGUAUCAAUCAGUGACAUUGAUGACAAAACCUGUCAAGCCAACCAUGACAACAAAAGAUGGAAAAGAAAAAAAACUGUUCAGACAAGGUACACGUCUUCUACAGAGUCAGACUUUGCAAAUGAAGGGGAAAUUGCAGUUAUUCGAUCUUCCAUUCAAGACUAUAAAUGUGCAACAUUAGGGAGCUCAAGAGUCUGGCAUUGAAAACUAACAAGACAGACAUUGAUAUAUAUCCUUGCCAGGACUUGAAGAAACGAACUACUGGUCCCUCUCUCAGGAAGAACGUUUAUCAUCACGUCCCUCAAGCACCACUGCCUGUAACGAAUAUGCCAAUAACGAAAAGGCAAUGAACACAAAUAAUACGAUGAAAUAAACGAGAUGUUCAAUGACUCGAAUGAAAGUAGUUAUCCAGAGAAAUAAAAACAAAUUAAUUACGAAAAUGAUUCAAAAUUGAUUUUUGACAUAUUCUGUAUGCCAAACUGUGUAAAACGAAAUUCGCUUUUUUUUCCAUUUUCAAAUUACGACUCAUUUUCUGGUUGCAUAAAAUCGCAUGAGGCUUAAAAGCAAAAUGUUGUUUACUGCCAAUUCCUUAUUAACAUCCCAUAUAGAAUUCAGUGUCAAAUGCAUUUCUUGAUUUACUAUCUUUUGUAACUUUCAUUAUUGUAUUUCGCUAGAAUGUUCCGAGAAGAAGAAAGCAUUUCCAACUUUGUCAUGAAAAUGUGAAAGGGAUGAAUAUUACAAGGUUAUGGCGAUGUUAAUCUAUAAUAUCAACUCAUAAAUAUAACUAAACAUACAGAUAUAAUUAAAUAUUGUUUUACUUUCGUUGUUUGAAUAUACAUGUGUAAAUGAAAAGCAACUUGUAAAUAUGUAAAUAAAAAUUAACUUGUGUUUCCAGCGCUUAGUAAGAGAAGCAGCCUGCAAAGUCGAUUGUAUGCUUUUUACGUUUUCACCUAACUUUUCUAGUUCUGCAAUUUCGUUUGCAGCAUCAGCUGACAUUGCUGAUAAGAUUGUAAACGAUUAAAGAAUAUUUUUAGUUGUGUCUAGAUUAAAUAGCAGAUAUGUCUGCACCGUUUCCGUUAUAUUGCUGUUUUCAGAUUUGUAAGAAGCUUACCAAGACGUGUUGCACGAAGUCCUGUGUAAAUGAUUUUAAAACGACUCUGGUUAUUUUUCUCGCAUAGGUUUCAUUGCCACACUGGUUGUGAAUAAGUGCUCUAAAAUUGCAUGUAAUUUACCUGAGAUGUACUAUCUUGACGUCACUAAGCCCUCGUCUGGUUCUUGCACUGCGUGUAAAAAUUCCGCGUGGACGUUCCCGCGUGCACUUCUCUGUAGGCCUGCGUUCAUUAAUGCACAAAAGUCAUAUAUCUUGAAUAUACAACAUUGUAAUCUUGUGUGAAGUAUUGUCAGCACAUUCAGCGCACGGACACAAGGCGCUAACUCACGCGCGCAUGCAGACACGUGUCGGGGAAAGAAAUUCCCACUUCGAGCUGUCCUUCUCAAUAUUAAAGCCAUGAAUCAUAAUUUCUCAUAUUCCAGUUGUCUGAAAAUCAUAUACCGUUCUCGUAGGGUUUUUUUUAUAGUUUAAAACGCACUUGCCAUAUUUUAAAAUGCAUGGGUAGUUUCAAUACAUUUUUCAUCAAUUAUUAUGACAGUCACGACUCGGCUUCCCAUUACAAGGGUCGUUGAACUCUCCAUCCUCAUAAAGAAGCCACGCAGAAAUUACUAUUUUUAAACUAUGGGAAAACUGAAAAUCUUUAACAUCGGUGCUCGCUAUACUUUUUGAGCUUAAUGCAGAUGAUAAAAACCAUCAUCACGCUCAUCGAUAGCCAUUUUCUUGAAUUUAAUUAAAACCACUCUCAUUAGUUUCUGCUGCAACAAGAUAUAUUGAGAGCGGCGUCAUUUUUCCCAUUUGUAAAUUAUGAAAAUGUAAAACCUUGAUAUUUACAAAAGCUGAUUUCUUUUUUAUUUAAAGAUCUGUCAAUAUACUUAAAGGCGAGAAAUAUUUUCAAAUUUCUGUGGCCAUUGCAACAUUUCCAACAUGCCGCCAGAGAACGUUUGGCGCCAUCGUGUCACGCGUGUAGCCAACGGCGAUUGGCUCGUUGAAGUCUCCUAUAGCUCCCGGAAGUGACGUUGCAGCGGGCAGGUGUUAAGCUAAUCAGUUAAUCUAUAAUUAGAUAAAACUCGCGUUUGUUAUCGAACAUCACCCAUUUUAAAAUACCGAAAAGUCUGUUUCAGGUAGUACCGGAGACUAAUUUUUUAAGAUGUUAUUGCUAGAUCAGCUAAUAUAUACAUGCUUAUAUAUAAUCAUAUAUUUGUGUAGAGAUCUUGAUAUUUCUUGGUAAAUUUUCAUGGUUGUGAUGGAAAUCUAAAGUAAAAUAAUUUUUGUACACUUUUAUAUUAAAAUUCAUCAUCGUGUGAACACAAUGUUAGUUCUAGUCAAAUAAAUUCAAAUAUAGAUUUUGAUAGAGUUUUCUAUGUUCGUAUACAUAUAUGGUGGACAAAAAAGAGUCAGUAGAAUGUUUCUAGAAUAUCAUAGAAUACGAUUUCUGAAAGUAGAUGAGUUGCAGGUAGCGUGCCAGAGCUUUUAGUAUUUUUGUGAAUGAUGUAUCUCAGUUGCUGUAGCUCACGAGUAAAUAAAUAAUGAAAGUCUUCAAGUGUCUGUUAUUUAAGAAAACAUUUAGUGGCGGAGAAACGGAGGCUUGGAAAUUAAGCUUAUUUCUGAAUAAACAACAGUUGUUUUUUGCUUAUGUUAAUCAAGCUUCCUUCAUUAACCGAGAACUAUAAACAGCAUCUAAACAUGGCAUAAUUUUUUGUGACUCAAUUUAUUUUGGGUCUUUCUUAAGCAUUAGAAUCGCUAAAUUAGAAAAACUAGAAAGAUUUCAUUAAUUAAUAAGGGAUGAAUCUGGAUUUUGGAGGUAUUGUCAUGUCUAGAAUAUGAAAUGUAUCGCAUCCGUUACAUUAGAGCCAGUUUUAUUUGUUGACAUUGUUCUUGUUAUGAAGCUGAUGGGUUGUGCAAAUAACUUUAAAAUUACAUCUGUUGUUUUCAUGCUGGUUCUUUAUCAGUUGUAAGUUAUAUAUAUAUAUCAGUUAUAUUAAAACAACAGUACAGUUUAAAUGCCAUUUAGUGUCUUAGAGGAUUUAACUAUACUGUGACUCUGUUGGAAAAUGGAAUCUGUUACUAAGACAACCGUUAUAUAAAUCUGAAGGUGAACAAGCGUAUAUACUCAAACACAUCAGAGAUUUUGUUAUUGAAAAACAAUUCAUAAUUUAAAAAUUCUAUCGACGCUGUUUUUGUUUUAUUGUAGUCUGUUAUCACUUUUUAUAAUAUAUUCCAAAAGUCUACACUUGGUACUGAGUCUGUAUGUGUGCUAUUUCUAUGUUCUUUCGUUUGUGCAAUUGAAAGUUUUAAGAGUUUUACAGAUAAAAAUAGUAUUCAGUUUUGCUUGUUUAUGUUUAUGAUUAAACUUAGAGGCAUUCAACUUAAGUGUAAGAUCUUAGACGACUGUACCUUUGCAGACUGUGACUUUUUUCUCCAUGGAUAUUGUUUACAGAGAUGAGUAGAAUCCUGUGUGUGUUGUGGUAGAUGCAUUAGCUGGUUCACAACGACGAUGUGUACAUGUAGACGUUAACACCCCGUAGAUGUUAACAACAUGUAGACAUGUUUUGCUCAUUGUUCAUUACUUAGUUUUAAUAAACCUUCCUAAUUACAAAAACAA